CAACUUUCAAUUCCUUCACACAAAAACAACCUCAGAAAACACAUCUCAACGUUUUAAGAUUUCUCCUUAGUUUCUCCUUAUCCAAUGACUAACGCACAAGGCGGCUCCAUGUUGGUGGAGCCAAACACACACAACGCCUUACACAGACCCAAAUUUGGAGCCUUGUUGCACUCCGAACCCAACAACGAUGACGAUAACUUCCAAUACAACCCCCACAACACCCACAGGAACUACACAGAUAGCAGCAAUGAUGUCUCUCCCAACUCCAUGUCCCCGUGGAACUACCCAAACCAUUCUGCAUCUCCUCUCAACAAGUCUCCGUGGGUUUUACCCGCCUCACCCGCCGUAAACCCCUUCCACCACCACCAAGACGACCUUCCCGGCAACAGCCUCAUCGGAUCCCUCGUUCGCGAGGAGGGUCACAUAUAUUCCUUGGCCGUUUCCGGAGACUUGUUAUACACCGGCUCCGACAGCAAGAAUAUAAGAGUCUGGAAGCAUCUCAAGGACUACACCGGCUUCAAAUCCAGCAGUGGAUUGGUUAAAACCAUAAUAAUCGCCGGCGGGAAAAUCUUCACCGGCCACCAAGACGGCAAGAUCAGGGUGUGGAAGGUCUCGUCCAAGAAUCCAAGCAAGCAUAAACGCGUCGGGAGCUUGCCGACGUUCAAAGAAUACAUGAAGUGUUCCAUCAACCCCAAGAAUUACGUGGAGGUUCGCCGGAACCGGAACGCGGUGAAGGUGAAGCAUUUCGACGCCGUUUCGACUCUCAGCCUGGACAAGGAGGAAGGGUUGCUGUACUCCGGGUCGUGGGACAAGACGGUGAAGGUGUGGCGCGUGGCGGAUUUCAAGUGCUUGGAGUCGAUCAACGCGCACGACGAUGCGGUGAACGCGGUGGUGGCGAUGUCCGGAGGGUGCGUGUUGACGGGGUCCGCCGAUGGGACGGUGAAGAUGUGGAGGAGGGUGAGCGAUGAGAAGGGGAAGAAGGUGAAGCAUGUGUUGGACCGGGUUUUGCUGAAGCAGGAGAACGCGGUUACGGCGCUGGCGGUGAACCGUGCCGGCACGGUGCUUUAUUGCGGUUCCUCCGAUGGAAUAGUGAACUUCUGGGAGAGGGACGAGAAGUUUGGGUUCACGCACGUGGGCGUUUUGAGGGGGCACAAGCAAGCGGUGCUCUGCCUGGCCGUGGCGGGGAACCUUCUCUUCAGUGGGUCUGCGGAUAAGAAAGUGUGCGUGUGGAAGCGCGACGAGAGUGGGUUCCACACGUGCCAUUCGGUUCUGACGGGUCACGUGGGUCCUGUUAAAUGUAUCGCCGUGGAGGAGGAUCAGGCGCAGCCGGAGAAGCCUCGCGACGAGAAAGGGGAUCAGCGGUGGAUUGUGUACACAGGGAGCUUGGACAAGUCGGUGAAGGUGUGGCGCGUGUCCGAACAGUCGCCGGAGUUGAGCACGUUCCAAACCUGGGUCACUCCGGGUCCAUUUACCACAUAAACAUUGUUUUGGUUAAUUAGCUGAGUGAUCCAGAAACUUGUAAAUACACAUGGCAUGGAUUUUUUUUACACUCCACUUUGUACAAACCUUGUAUUAAGUAUUGCAAAAGUUAAUUAGCCAA